AUUCAUGAAAAGAAAAACCCAUAAGCUUCUCUUCUCGUCUUCUGAUCGCUUAUUAAAUCGCAGCUGCCGCUUGUUGAACCUUCUCUCCAUAUUUGGCUAGCCUAUCUCUCCAGACACUUUUGUAGCCGUUAGCAUCAAUCAUAUCGCAGCCAUGGCGAGUACUAAGGUCCAGAGAAUUAUGACCCAACCCAUUAACUUGAUUUUCAGGUUCCUUCAAAGUAAAGCUCGAAUUCAAUUUUGGCUUUUUGAGCAGAAAGAUUUGAGGAUUGAAGGCCGAAUUAUUGGUUUUGAUGAGUAUAUGAAUUUGGUUCUUGAUGAUGCUGAGGAAGUCAAUGUCAAGAAAAAGAGUAGAAAGACUUUAGGAAGGAUUCUUCUUAAAGGAGACAACAUUACUCUGAUGAUGAACACGGGGAAAUGAUGAUCAACCUGGCAACUGCAUGGACAUCUCCAUGAGCUAUCUAGAGUCUACCGCUAUAUUGAAUAUUGAAACAUGCUUUCAUUUGGACUUUAGGUGAUAAAUGUAGGCAGGAUAUGGAUCGAGGAAAAUGUUUGAGAGAUUAGGUUUGUCGUUAACUUGACCUUACUGUUGCAAUUAAUAUCAUGAUGCUUGUCAGGAAUUUAUAUUAUAUGAGCUGUACAUGUUCAUGAACUAUUUGUAUGCAACAGAUAUCUGUAUGGAAGCUUCAUGAUUUUAGACAA